AGGAAAGGAGAUCAAAGGAGGAAGGAGCAGAAGUCCCAGCUGGCACAGUAGAGGACUGGCUGGAGAAGAGAGCAAAGAGGGUGAGCUUGGCUCAGAGCAACAGACUUGAUCCGGUGAAGACGUUGGUUUUUCAGUACCCCCCUGGCUGGCCUCCAAUACAGGACCUUCCCCCAUCCCUUCAGGCUCCACCCCCUGGAGGAUGGCCAGUCUUACCCAACCUCCAGUGGGGAUGAAGGCUGCAGGGGGGUAGAUGUGUGGAGUUAUGCCUCAUUGAGAAGAGAGGGGCUCUGUUUGCUGUAGGAAAUGUUCAGUGUUACUUCAUAUAUAUUUUUUAAAUGAAUAAAAGUCA